AUGGUGUAUGAGGACGAGCAGGAGAUUCAUUUGGUCAUGGAGUUCAUGUCGGGCGGUGAGCUGUAUGACCGCUUGUUCCAAGAGAAGGUGUACAAAGAGGCCACUGCUGCAAAGACAGCAAAGCAGAUGCUGUUGGCCGUGGCAUACCUGCACACAUACCAGAUCGCCCACCGCGAUCUGAAGCUGGAAAACUUUUUGUAUGAGCGGAAGGACAACGACCACCUGAAGCUGAUCGAUUUCGGCUUUGCAAAGUUCUGGGAUCGGAGUAGGAAUAUGACCCAGGCCUGUGGCUCCACUCACUAUGUGGCACCAGAGGUCUUGGGAAAUUCCUACACGCUGAAAGCAGAUAUGUGGUCCUUGGGCGUCAUCAGCUUCAUGCUGCUGACAGGGACUCCCCCGUUUCACGGGCCAGACAGGGAGGUGCUAAACAAGAUCAGGGCUGGAAAAGUGCACUGGGGCUCCAGAUUUAAGAAGCUCUCCGCCAAUGCGCAAGACUUUGUUCAGGCCUUGCUGGUGGUGAAUCCCAAUGCGCGUCUUGAUGCUCAAGGCGCCCUUCAGCACCCCUGGAUUCAGGGCCUCGGGGCGGAAGGGCAGGGGCAGACGCCUUUGGACGACGAGAUCAAGCUGAGCCUCCGGAAGUUUGCGCGGGCCACGGUCUUCCGCCGCGCCGUGCUCUCCAUGAUGGCGUGGUCCUUGUCUGCAGAGGAUCGAGCACAGCUGCGCAACGAGUUCCUUUCCUUUGACACGCAGAAGACAGGGACCAUCACUCAUCUUCAGAUGAAAGAAAUCCUGGAGAAGUACUACCACAUCGACAGUGCCGAGGCUGAGGCUGUGUUCGCCAGCAUGGACACUGACCACGACGACGUGAUCGCCUACAGCGAAUUCUUGGCUGCUGCUAUGCAGGGGCGAAUCAAGGUCUACGAGGACGUCCUGCGCAGAACCUUCCGAAAGUUUGACACGGACGGAUGCGGCAGAAUCACUGCCGCUGACCUGCGGUUGGUGCUUGGAGAUCAUUUUGAGGGCACAGACGCGGAGCAGCUGAUUCGGGAGGCAGACACGAAUGGUGACGGGAUGAUCGAAUACGAUGAAUUCCUUGAAUACUUCAACAAGCACGAGCCCGACUUGGAGCAGGAAUUUGCUGCCGGACCGGAGGCCGGGUCACCGACCGGACCUUGGACAGAGACCACCCGGAGCCAGCGGCGGCAGCACACCGAGAACCUGGCACGGGUCAUCGACCGCUUGCUUUCAGAGGACAUCGGUGUUGCCAGUCCAUUGCGCCGCAAGGCCGGGAAGGCACAUACCAUGUCCUGA